UUCUCAUCUUUAAAGAACCAUUUUUACCCUCUGUCCACUCUUUCCAUGCCUCCCUACUCUCCCAACUAACUUGUCACCCACCUCAAUACCUAACUUUACAGGCAACCACAGGUGUUCUGUCUCUGACAGAAGAUUAAGGAACAGGGUGCUCGAGAACCGAGCGGAGAUGGUUGAGCCCUCAAAGUCCUAAAACGCGCGGCCGUGGGUUCUGGGUUUAUUGAUUGAAUUCCGCCGGCGCGGGAGCCUCUGCAGAGAGAGAGCGCGAGAGAUGGAGAUGGACAAACGGAUUCAUUUAGAGCUGCGGAACAGGACGCCCUCUGAUGUGAAAGAGCUUGUCCUGGACAACUGUCAGUCUUGUGAAGGCAAAAUCAAAGGCCUCAAAGAUGAAUUUGAAGAACUGGAGUUCUUAAGUACAAUCAACGUAGGCCUCACCUCCGUCGCAAACUUACCAAAGUUAAACAAACUUAAGAAGCUUGAACUAAGCGAUAACAGAAUCUCAGGGGGCCUGGAAGUAUUGGCAGAAAAGUGUCCGAACCUCAAGCAUCUAAACUUAAGUGGCAACAAAGACCUCAGCACAAUAGAGCCACUGAAAAAGUUAGAAAACCUCAAGAGCUUAGACCUUUUCAAUUGUGAGGUAACCAACCUGAACGACUACCGAGAAAACAUGUUCAAGCUCCUCCCACAACUUACAUAUCUCAAUGGCUAUGACCCGGACGACAAGGAGGCCCCUGAUUCCGAGGCCCCUGAUUCCGACGCCGAGGGCUACGUAGAGGGCCUGGAGGAGGAGGUCGAGGAGGAUGAGGAUGAGGAAGAGUAUGAUGAGGAUGCUCAUCCAGUGGAAGAUGAGGAGGAAGAAGAGGGGGAAGAAGGUGAAGAGGAGCAUGUGAGUGGAGAGGAAGACGAGGGUGAAGAAGAUUAUAAUGACUGGGAAGUAGACGACGAGGAAGACGAAGAAGAGGCUGGUGGUGAAGAAGAAAAGGGUCAGAAGCGAAAAUGAGAACCUGAAGAUGAAGGAGAAGAAGACGACUAAGUGGAUACCUAUUUUGAAAAAUUCCUAUUGUGAUUUGACUGUUUUUACCCGUACCUCCGAAAUCCCGACCCCCCGAAACUUAUUUUUUUCUGAUUGUAACGUUGCUGUGGGAACGAGAGGGGAAAAGUU